AAUGUUUAGAGUUCCUGGUUUUAAAAGUUUGAACUGCUACUUUAAAAUAUAGUUGUGUUCCUAAAGCUUGUGGAAACAAUAGGAAUGGGUCUCCUUGCAAUAUUAAGGCGUUUAAGAUCAUCUCCUGAUAAAGAAAUUAGAAUUUUGUUACUCGGCUUAGAUAAUGCUGGAAAAACUACGAUACUGAAACGUUUGGCAUCGGAGGAAGUAACUGAGGUAACUCCGACUGCCGGAUUCAAUAUAAAAUCUGUUACGUCCGAAGGAUACAAAUUAAAUGUCUGGGAUAUUGGAGGGCAGAGUAAAAUUCGCCCUUAUUGGCGAAAUUAUUACGAAAACACUGAUGUUCUGUUGUACGUCAUUGACAGCGUUGACCGUAGGAGACUAGAAGAAUCUAGCGACGAGCUAUAUGAUCUUUUAGCUGAUGAAAAAUUGAAGGGAGUACCUCUAUUAGUGUUUGCAAAUAAGCAAGAUUUAGACACUGCCAUGAAAGCUUCGGAGAUCGCUGAGAUGAUGAAUCUUCACAAACUAAAAGAUCGUUCGUGGCAAAUUCAAGCAAGUUCAGGACUAACAGGAGCUGGUGUCAAGGAUGGCAUGGAAUGGGUUUUCAAGAAUAUUAAGCGUAAAUAAUACUUUCUUCCAAAAAGCAUUACAUUUAUACUGCUGCUGCAAUUAACAUAAAACUCCAAAACCAAAUUCUAAAUUGUACAAAAC